AUGAGAAUAAGUGCAGUGUUAGCUUUAGCAGCAACGAGUUUUCUUAGCGCCUCAGCCGAUUUCGUUGAUGUCAUUGACUUCACCAACUUGGGGUUUCAAGGUUAUUACUAUGACGUCAAAGCAUUUAAAGAUGUGACUAAAGACUCAUGUACUUGUGAAAGAGGUGAUGCCGUAUCGUUCAAGGGUCCCAAUGCACCAUUGAAUGAAGCUCUUUCUGUUCAUUUCAGAGGUCCUUUGGUGUUGAAUGAAUUUGCUUACUACACAACAGAUCUGUUCACCCUUGGGCUGAGCUCAAGUUCAUCAUGGAAUAGAUUGACUUACUACAAUGCCGAAAAACAAGUUGGUGAAAAUAUUACUUUUCUUACCACUGCUGGUGAGUACUCUCCUUGUUUAGGGUAUGCUUUGACAUUUGCUGGUGCCAAUGGUACAAGUGCAGCAAAAAAGGCUACAUUGUUAGAAAGCAAUAACAAGAUUUACUCCAACGAAGAAUAUGCCAUUUUCUCAAACGUAUCAUGCGAUAGCUCUGGUCCUAAUAAUGACUGUGGUGUGUACAGAAGUGGUAUUCCAGCGUUCCAAGGAUUUGCAGGAACAGUUAAGAUGUUUUUGUUUGACUUUGAAAUGCCAACAGAGGAUAAACUUUCAAGCGACGUUUCCAACUAUGACAUGCCUGCAAUUUGGCUUUUGAAUGCCAAGAUUCCAAGAACUGCUCAAUAUAGUAAUAAUGUCAAUUGUUCUUGUUGGAGAUCAGGAUGUGGUGAAUUUGAUGUGUUUGAGAUUAUGAACACAACAGAAGCCCUUAAUUUGUACUCCACCGUCCACGAUUACCAAGGUACAGGAGACAUUCAAAAUGGUAUUGCGGCCGAUAAGUUUAUUGAAAGAGAUCUUACUGGUAACAUGAAGGGAGGUGUUGUAUUCGAUCUGAACGGAAAUGCCGCAGUCUUUGUAUCCAACUCUACUCGGUUUGAUUCAACAAUUAGUGGAUCAGACAUUAACUCUUGGAUUUCAAAAGCAAGUGCUGAUGGUGGAAGCGUAAGUACAGCCUUAUCGAGCGCUACCAACCCACUUCCAAGUUCAACAUCGAAGAAAUCUGGCGGAGCUAACGUUACUCCAUCAAUCUUCACCAACUUUGUUGUUGGAGUUUUGGGUUUGGUAUAUGGGUUGUUUUAG